AUGCAUGAUCAAAAUCCUUUAGGAUCGCUUCAACUUCUAGAAGACGUUCAAGGUCUCGUGAGCAUAAAGAUCAUUGAACUUAUCAUGAAAGCAACAAAAGAAGCACUAGGCGAAGCACAUCCAAAAGAAAGGUUGAAAGAACUACUAGUGAAAGUCGAAGUCUCAGAAAUGACAUAUGUGAAAGAAGUCCAAGUAUCUAGAAUAAAAGUUACGAACGUUAUGGCAGAAGUUUUAGAGAUUAAAAGUUCGAGUGAUAGUGUUGACAUAACUUCAGCAACAAAAACUCCCGAAAGAAGCAACAGAAAUGUAAGAAGUAUCGAAAGAAGUUCAAGUAAAAAUUUGAGUGAUAGUAUUGACAUAACUCUGGCAACAAAAACUCCCGAAAGAAGUAACAGAAAUGUAAGAAGUAUUAAAAGAAGUUUAGGUAAAAGUUUGAGUGAUAGUAUUGACAUAACUCCGGCAAUAAAAACUCUUGAAAGAGAUAACAGUAACAUAAGAAGUAUCGAAAGAAGUUCAGGUAAGAAUCCGAAUGAGAGUAUUGACAUAACUAUAACAGCAAAAACUCUUGAAAGAGAUAACAGAAAUGUAAGAAGUAUCAAAAGAAGUUCAGGUAAGAAUCCGAAUGAGAGUAUUGACAUAACUAUGAUAGUAAAAACUCUCAAAAGAGAUAACAAAAAUGUAAGAAGUAUCGAAAGAAGUUCAGGUAAAAGUUUGAGUGAUAGUAUUGACAUAACUCCGGCAACAAAAACUCUCGAAAGAGAUAACAGUAAUGUAAGAAGUAUCGAAAAAAGUUCCAAUAAGAGUACUAGACAAGAUUUAAAAAGAAAUGAUAAUAAAUUAAUCAAAUAUAUUAAACAAUUAUUUUACAAUAAAUCACGUAGAAAGCACUCUUUGGAAUCAUAUAAAGAAUACUCUCUAGAACUACAUGGAAGAUAUUUAAAAUCACGUAAAGUGCUCAAGGAUAUAACUGAUGAACAAUAUAAGUCUUUUAGGGAUAAAAUUGUCCAAAUCCUCUCUGGUCUUGACGACUAG